UCCACUACCGCUCACCGAAUCCCCCCAUUUGACCGUUAUCAUUCCUUUCCCUGAUUCUCAAAAACCCUAAAAAUCUUCCAAACCCUAUAGAUUCCCAGUCGAAGAGAGAUUUAAUUCCUUUGUUGCAACUCUUUUAACCAUCGUCGCAGUUCUCUGAUUUUUCAACCCUCUUCACUCCGAAAAAUCUAUGGGGAGUGAAGAGGCUUUGGUAGAUUCGGCAGCUAUGGAUUCUGUUAUCAGUUCAUGUAAUGAUGGGACAAAACAGGUCAAUGAUAAUAUUAUGGAGAGUGAGAAUUUGGAGGUUGACUUUGUUGAGCAUUUUGAUUCAUAUAUGCAAGAUAUCAGUGACCGGUUAACAAUUUCGAGGAUGGUUAGUGACUCAGUCAUCAGAGGCAUGGUGAAUGCAGUUGAACAAGAGGCGGCUGAGAAAAUAGCUAAUAAAGAAUUGGAGGUGGCUAAAUUAAAGGAAAUGUUGCAAGUAUAUCACGUGGGUGCAGAUGAAAAUGAAUCCUUGCAGUCUGACGUGAUUUUCGAUGAACCAAAAAAUAUUUCAACUAUUUCAGAUACUUUAAUGCAGCACAGUAGGAUUAGCAAUAAUCUAGGAAGCCUGGGAUUUUCAGCUAAAGAACAGCUGAAGAAGCUCCAGAAAGAGAUUGAUUGCAUAAAAGGAAAUGGCUCCAUUAGGCCGAUUAAUUCAGGUUCUGAGUUGCUGGGAUUGGGUGGUAUACUGCAAGAUAAGGCAUCUGAAAGGUGGAUUGACGUGGAUAAAAUGAUUGAUAGUCUUAAAAUUAAUCUUGAAUCUGUAUUUGAACGAGUGGAAAAUGUAGUUCGCUUGUCUAAGGCAUCAGUUUGUGAGUGGCAGCUAGAGAAGGAGUUCCAAGCUGAAAUUGAAGGUAUGGUGAUUAAUAAUUGUUUUUGGGGUGUCAAAGAAGAGUUUGAGCAAAAACUGUGGAACCAAAAUGCUCAAUUUUAUUGCAAUGAAAAUGUGAACUGGCAUGAAAAUAUCAAAGGGAUUUCAAGUUUAUGUCUGGAAUUGGAUAACAUAUCUAAGUUGCUCUCUCUUUCUGAAACUGGACAGCUAACUUCACAUGAAUCUUCGGAGAUUACUGGUGAUUAUUUUCAUUGGAAGGCUUCUGGCAAUCAUGCUGCAUCGGCAGCUCUACAUAGAGAGGGAAGUGGAACACAUGAGGAUUCAACGAUUGUCCCUGAGAACUUAGAUCCUGCCCAGCUGAAGCACUUGUCAAAGGAUGAAAUUGUGAACUUUUUUAAGUCUGAGAUGACUAAGAUGAAGAGGCACCAUGAGUCCAAAGUGCAAGAGAUGACUGAAGAAUAUUUCAUCCUCAAGCGUGAUUAUUUGAGGGAGAGGGGCUCUUCUUUGGUGUUAAGGAAGGAUAAAGAGUGUGAGGUGUUGAUGAAAAAGAUUCCUGAGGUCAUGGUUAAACUGGAUAAUUUUCUUCGGGUGAAUGAGAAACUGCUUGCUUUUUCUACUGAGUUGCUUGACAAAUUGAAAGGUAGAUUGGAAUUCCUACAUGUUGAAAACCGCCAGCUAAGAGCCUCAGUUACAGACAAGAAAAAAGAAAUUAAAUGCCUGUCCUUUCACAUUUCAGAUGCCGAAGAUAAAAUAGCACAGCAUUCUUUGGCUGAGGCAAACUUAUUGAAAGUUAUUGCAAAUAUUAAGGCUUCAUUGGAAGAUGCAAACAUUGAAGCUUCAAUCUGUGAAGAUUUACAUAAAUGUCUUUUCAAGGAGUUAAUGGGCCAGACAAAGUAUAAUGCGGCUGAGUCAGACAUGAUGUAUGAUAUCAUGCAAAAAACUUAUGAAACCAUUUCUAGAGAUGUUUCUUUUAAUGCAAAAUCCUCGGUCAAAUAUGAGAUAGAUGAUUCAGACAUGGAGUUCAUUUUGAUGCAAGAUCUCUCUGGAAUUAUAUUUAGGGAAGCCCGCAAAGAAGCCGAGGAGAAAUUCUAUGAAUUGAAUGUGAAAUAUGCAAAUGAAACUGAAAGUAGAGUUUCCCAUGAGAUGCAAAUGAUGGAAAGAGAGAAGGCGCUAAGAUUGGAGGUUGCAGAGAAAACAAAAUUGGAGCAAGAGAUUCUCUUACUGGAAGCAUCACUGGUACAAAAGGAUGUCCAAGUACAGGGAUCAACAGAUGCAUUAAAAAAAGAAAGGCAGCAAUUUGAGUUAGUUUGUCAUGAGCUUGAUGAUUUGAGAGAUCAAACAAGUCUGCAGCAAAUAUUACUUUUGGAGACGUCUAUACAAUCCCAUGUCAUUAAGGGAAAUUUGUCAGACGUGUGGGAGCAAAUUGAACAGUACAAAGUGGAGGUGUGUGAGUUGAAGCAGAAACUUGAACUGGCGACAAAUGAAGUUAAAGAGUUAUAUGAAGAGAAUAGGAGGCAUGUAGAUGAUGUCCAAGAGAAGCAUGAUGCCUUGUUAAUGUUUGAGAUGAAAGAAAAUGAGCACAAGCGGCAAAUGGAGACUAUAAUUGUUCUUGUCAAAGGAUUGUCAGAAGCAGUUGCUGAUCUUGAUUGUAGAAUAACAGGAGAUAUUAGAAGGAUUAACUUAGGGUUGGAGAAUUUGAGUUCUGAAUUAGGUCCUCAUGUCCAAAAGGUUUAUGCACUUAAAAGAAUGGGCUCGCAGUACAAGCAAGCGUUUGAAAGGAGAUGCUCCGACCUUCAAAAGGCUGAAGCAGAGGUUGAUCUUUUGGGAGAUAAGGCAGAUUCUCUUUUAAACUUGCUUGAAAAGAUAUACAUAGCUCUUGAUCAUUAUUCUAUUGUAUUGCAACAUUAUCCUGGUAUUAUGGAGAUUCUGAAGCUAGUUAAAAAGGAAUUGAGUGGAGAAUCUCGCAAGCCACUUUGAUAUGAAGGAACUCAAGGCUGCGAGAUUUUAUUGGGGUUGUCCCUGCUGCAUUGUUUUGCCGCUGAGUUGGGGGGCAUGAAUUUUGUCCAGCAUAUCUUCAGCCAUGCCAAGAAAACAAGAAGGAAAAGUCUUUUGGAGUUGAACCGCAAGAUAGGUUAUCCUUGUCGAUCCAUGUUCAACUGUAAGGAUAGCGAAGCGGUUGCCAGUUGCCAUAGAACCCGGUUUUUGCCUUUCGAUGGUCCCAUGUUUGUUGCAUUAAAAGUGUGCUCAACAUGUCUUGUAAUCUGUAUAUUAGCCUAGUCUUCCUCGUAUUUAUAGUUUUAGGUUUUAUUUGUUUUGCUGGUCUUCAAUGUACAUGGCUAGGUAUAUAGUAUGCAAACCAAAGGUUGCCGUUUCCUAUGUGUUUAACAUGGAUGAGCUCCUUUUAAUUCCAGUUUUCCUCGUUCUUUUA